UCAGUGUCAGAAGGAAAUGAAGCCACAAUGAGAACAAAAAGAGCUGUCACACCUUUUGUCCCCUGCCGCCUCCUUCCCACCUCACAGUUCUCCCCACACAGAGCUACUCCACCCUAGUGGGACUCUAGUGUGACAUCCUCGCCUGCCCGAAGGAGGAAUGAUCAGCAGGGACAACAGCUGCAAACAAGUGACACCCAGAAGGCAGGAGCUUCUGUAAGUGCUUGGACUGUGCAAGACCCAAGCCAUGGCAUUGUCGCUGGAAGAGUUCGUUCAGUCCCUUGACCUCAGGACACUUCCUAGGGUCCUAGAAGUCCAGUCAGGCAUCUAUUUUGAAGGUUCCAUUUAUGAAAUGUUUGGAAAUGAAUGCUGUUUGUCAACAGGAGAAGUGAUUAAAGUUACUGAUCUCAAAAUUAAGAAGAUCAUAGCUGAAAUUUCUGAGCACAUUGAGGGUUGUGAGCCUCUACAACCAUUUGAGCUGCCUAUGAAUUUUCCAGGUCUUUUUAAGAUUGUGGCUGAUAAAACUCCAUACCUUACUAUGGAAGAAAUAACAAGGACCAUUCACAUUGGAUCAAGUAGACUAGGGCAUCCUUGCUUCUAUCAUCAGAAGGAUCUAAAGCUAGACAAUCUCAUUGUAAAACAUGGUGAGCAAAUCAUGCUCAACUCAGUUGAAGAGAUCAGUGGAGAAGUCAUGGUCAACUGUGGAGUGGUAAGGAAUCAGCAGAAUCACUCAUUUACUUUGCCUUUGUCACAAGAAGGAGAAUUCUAUGAGUGUGAAGAUGAACAUAUUUAUACCCUAAAGGAGAUUGUUGAAUGGAAGAUCCCAAAGAACAGAACACGAACUGUGAAGCUUACUGGUUUUUCAAAUAAGUGGGACUUAACAAAUCCAUUCCCUAAAGGUUUUUAUGGUGCUCUGGUUCUCAAGCCUGUUUAUGAGAUUCAAGGUGUGAUGAAAUUCCGAAAGGAUAUAGUUCGCAUCCUCCCCAGUUUAGAUGUUGAAGUCAAAGACAUUACUGACAGUUAUGAUGCCAACUGGUUUCUUCAGCUGUUAUCUACACAAGAUCUCUUUGAAAUGACCAGUAAAGAGUUCCCCAUAGUGGCUGAAGUCAUAGAGGCACCUCAGGGAAACGAGCUGCCCAGAAGCACUUUACAGCCUGGGAAAACCAUUGUGAUCCACAAAAAGUACCAGGCAUCGAGAAUCUUAGCUUCAGAAAUUCGAAGCAAUUUUCCUAAAAGGCACUUCUUGAUCCCCACUAGUUAUAAAGGCAAAUUCAAACGGCGACCUCGGGAGUUCCCAACUGCCUAUGACCUUGAGAUAGCAAAGAGUGAAAAGGAGCCUCUCCACGUGGUGGCCACCAAGGCCUUUCAUCCCCCUCAUCAUGAGCUAUCAUCCGUAUCUGUCGGGGACCAGUUUCUAGUGCAUCACUCACAGACGACUGAAGUCCUUUGUGAGGGAAUCAAAAAAGUGGUGAAUGUUCUGGCCUGUGAAAAAAUCCUCAAAAAAUCGUAUGAGGCAACACUUCUCCCUUUGUACAUGGAAGGAGGUUUCGUAGAGGUGAUUCACGAUAAGAAACAGUACCAGAUUUCUGAGCUCUAUGCUCAGUUCCACUUGCCCUUCAACGUGAAGGUAUCUGUGAGAGAUCUUUCCAUUGAAGAAGACAUUUUGGCUGCUACACCAGGACUGCGGCUGGAGGAAGCUAUCACAGACUCUUAUCUACUCAUAAGUGACUUUGCCAGCCCCAAGGAGUGCUGGGAAAUUCCUGUCAGCCGCUUAAAUAUGACUGUCCAGCUAGUUGAUAGUUUUUCUGGGGACACAGGAUCAGUUCUAGUCAGGAGACUGGUUGAAGAGAUCACCGAAGAACAGUAUUACAUGAUGCGAAGAUAUGAAGGCUCUUUUUCCCACCCCCCACCUCGCCCUCCCAAACAUCCCUCAGUGGAGGAAACAAAGCUAACCCCGUUCACCUUAGCAGAAAACAGGGCUGUGGGUCUGCUUAAGUCUCCCAAGAUUCAUUUCCAGAGCUACCAGGUCCAUCCCCAUGUUGCCUCUGCUGGGACAUAGUGUUCAUGCGCAUCUUGGUCUCUGUUCUCUCUUGGAACCCACAGUACAUCUGAUUCGUGCCCUGAUGCUGCUUAUUCCGCCCAGAAGCUGGCUCAGUCUGUUUUGAAACACAUAUAGCAAUAUUGUUUCCCAUCUCAAGGGCGUUGCAUUUGCAACUCUUAUUUGACACUGAGAGGCCAGAAUUAAGAUACUAAGAGACUAUGAAAUGAAAGGCAGAAAUAGCUUGUUCUUGCAAAUGGAAAGAAAUUCACCCCCAUUUUGCUGAAAGCACAAGACCUUUCUAAUCAAACAUUUGACAUCAUGACCAGGCUGGAGAAAAAGUGUACCUGUUCAGCUAUAAUUGGUUCUGCUCACAGAAGUGGAUUUCUCAUUGUCUGUGCAGCUACAGGAAAUAUGGUUAAUAAAAGCGCAUGUCAGCCUGACUGAAGCCGUUCUAUAGAGCCCUGCCAGGCCACUCUGCAAAACUGGUAUUUCCUAUUAUGAAAACUAAAUCUCAAAUCAUAGUUAAAAGGUAAUCAGUCUUCAAGAGAGUGGUCUGUAGGGGUAAGCAGUAAUUCAGAUUUGAUUGGCAACAUAGGCUUUUCAGGAAAUAGUUCAAAAUGAGAAGCAUUUGGAGAAAGCCAGAAACUCAGUCCAAAAUGAUGAUUCUCAGAAUUUUCUAGCACUUGGGUUAUUGGUAUAUAUACCCACACACGUUUUAAGUUGUGCUUUCCUAGGAACUAUGAUAAUAGUACACCGUGGCUUUGUGUACUUCACCUCAUUUAGCUCCUGUAACAUGACCUUGUGAUAUAGGGAUCACUGUCACCAUUUCAUAGCUGAAGAGACUUGCCCAAAAUCUCUUAGAGUGCAGCCAGUGUAGGCAGGAGAGCCCAGACACUCCUUAGGGUCCUGUGGUGUCUCCCAGAAAGGUGAUGUAUGAUCAUCUCUAUCAACUUUUCUGCACUGUUGCUCCUAGCUUUAUAUCCGUGUUUAUUAUUUUCAUCAUGGACAAAGCAGAGCAACAGUAUUUUCAUCAUAAGGUGGUUGUAAAGACAGAAUCCAAAGAAAUAACACAUAUCGGGGAAAAAAAAAACCUAUCAGAAGGGAAUUAAUGUGACCUCACCUGAAAGCACAAUUUUGUAUGCAAAUUUCACGAUUUGAAAUAAAAUCACUUCCUCUAGUUGAAAGGCAUUGUGAAUAGGUACAUUAGUAGCAUAAGUUUAGAAGCGAGCACAUUUUUCUUUUCAUACAAAAAUGGUGUUGCUGACACAUUGUUGGGGGAGACAGGUGUUGGAUGCCAUUUUCCUAGUUGGAUCUGCACUGAAUCUAUAGUUCUUUGUGCUAACCAGGUAAACAAAGACUGUGCUAUGCCAGUUUACCUGUAUGUAUAUAGGCAUCACUACUAGCUUUUUGUUUGAACUUUAUAAAAUUAGUGUCGCUCUACUUCUGCUUUGUCUUCCUCUGAGAUAGAGCAGAACUAUGUCUCUAGAUAUUCCUAACUUCACUCAGGAGAAUUUUCCAUUUUGGCAAGUAAUCAAGCAAUCUUGACAACAAUUUCCUUGAAUUACUUAGGAUUUCAUUUCUUUCUUUUGCCACUUUGUAAAUAUUAAUAUUGAUGUACACAGCUUAGCUCCUUUGUUAGACCUGGGAUAAUCUGCACUUCAGAUACCAUGUCUUUCAUGAGUGUCUGACUGUCCUGAAAAGAAGCUUAAUAAGUCUUUGUCUGGGGCUGAGCAAGAGAACACAUUUUCAUGACAAUUAAAAAACCUCCCAGGGGAAACCAGUUGGAUUACAUACAGAAUUUAUCCAGUUUCAGUGCAGAGCUAAAUAACUCUAGGACAUUUCUAGGCUACAUGCCAAUCAUACUGAAUUUAUCAAAUCAUCCAUCAAUUAGUUGGAAUAUGUAGAUAUAACAAAAUAAAAGAAACAAAAAACAGCUGUUACUCGAGAUGGUCAGACCACGAAAGCUAUUCUAGACCAUUGAAAGGGCUCUGCUUUAUUUCUAUGACUAAGAUGGGGAGCCAUCAAAAGUGGGGGCAGAGAUGUGGCAUGGUAUGAGAUUUAUGCUUUAAAAGAAUCACUAGGGGGGGGGGGUGCCUGGGUGGCUCAGUGGGUUAAAGCCUCUGCCUUCGGCUCAGGUCAUGAUCUCAGGUCCUGGGAUC